AUGUGGCUUCUCAACACAACCACGAUCAGGCUCGAAAGAGUUGACGCGGCAACAACUUCAUACGCAAUUCUAUCGCAUACAUGGAGUGAAAAUGAAGUUACCUUUGAGGACAUGAUGCAGACUGAGGUAGCCCAGAAAAAACAAGGAUACAACAAGAUUGAGAACACUUGUCGACUUGCAAGGCGGCGAGGGAUAGAGUAUGCGUGGGUCGAUACUUGCUGUGUUGAUAAGCGCAGUAGCGCAGAGUUGACCGAGGCGAUCAAUUCUAUGUUCCUCUGGUACAAGGGCGCGUCAGUUUGCUUCACUCAUCUUGAGGAUUUGGAGCCUCAGUCCGGUGACGAGAAGGAUUCUCUUGAAGGCUUGCCGUCCUGUAGGUGGUUCACCAGAGGGUGGACUUUGCAAGAACUGAUCGCCUCGCAAACUUUGGAAUUCUACGACUGCGAGUGGCAAUACAGGGGGACUAAAGCAGAACUACGAAACCAAAUAUCGGAUAUGACGGGGAUUGACUUACCAGUACUGGAAAAUAACGCCCUCCUUGAAAGUAUACCGAUAGCGAAGCGGAUGUCCUGGGCAGCAAACCGGAAGACCACACGAACUGAGGAUACAGCAUAUUGUCUGCUGGGAAUCUUCGAUGUUAACAUGCCAAUGAUGUAUGGGGAAGGUACCAAGGCUUUCUCUAGGUUGCAGGAAGAGAUAAUAAAGGAGACAACUGACCUCUCUGUGUUCGCAUGGAAAGCUCAACAGGGAACAGAUGUCCCUUCCCAGGACUUUCGUGGUGUUUUGGCGCAGUCUCCUGAGGAGUUUGUGCACUGUCGCAACCUUUCCAGAGCCCCCAGCAUGCGCUACGGCUAUGAGUUCUCCAUGACGAAUAAGGGCCUGAGAUUGGAGACAUACCUGGCUGAGACCUCCACUGCGGAGUACAUCCUGAACCUGGCGUGCAUGUUACCCAAGAGAAAUGGCGACUUGGCAAGAGUCGGUGUCUACCUGGUAAAGACUGCCGAUGGUUACGUUCGAACUCGUCCGGGCGAGCUGUUCCAAACACGCGACUCGCGAAUUUGGGCUGGCGCACGCUACAAGAUCUUCAUCCGUAAGCGUGUCAGCCCGUUUGGCUCUGUGGCCUUGAAAAAUCUCUUAUCAACGAAUCUCGUAGUCUCAUUCAACAUUUGCGACGGUUUCAAGCUUCAUACGUUCGCAGCCAAGCCGGCAGACUUGUGGGAUCAUCUGCGCCAGUCGUUCAUCACGGACAACAAUGGGAAUUUCACAGGCUUUCUCGACUUUCAGAUAUCUGACACUUCGCAGAAGUUUGUUUCGGCAAGAAUCUUCAUCGUAUGUGGCCUGAGAGUACAUCCUGGUACUGGCACCAUGGGGCCGUGGAUGGGUGUCUACAAUUCUCUCGACAAGGGAAGUCAGCGAUCACAGUGGGUGGUAGGCUGCAUCGAUGAUUAUUACAAAUCGUAUGGGGAAGAAUUCUUUCUGCACAAGCUGAGAGAACGUACGCUUGCUGCGGGUGUCGAUAUUCCUUUGACGACCGAUAUUCCCUGCGGUGCAGAAACAGGUCGACUUCACAUUUCGCUGAAAACCCCUCCAAUAACAGGGGACACCAGGCAUGAAAUCUGUGUGAAUAUCACAUAUCGAUAG